AUGUCUGCUGAGAAGGAGAUGAUCGGCAGUACCGCCGCAGGUCUGUCUGCCGAGAAGGAGAUGGUCGGCGGUACCGCCGCAGCGCGCGGAGAUGACCACACAAAGUUUGUCACAGUGCACAAUGUUGCUUUGGCAGAUGCCAUCGAGAAGCAGAAGCCGUCGCCAUGGACCAAGGCCAUGUUUCAGCUCUACUUUUGCCUCUUUGUUGCAACUCUAAACUCUGGUAUCAACGGUUACGAUGGAUCGCUUAUGGGCGCCAUCAAUGCAUAUGACCAGUAUCGCCUUUACUUUGGGUUCGAUCCAGAAAAAGGAACCCCAGGUACCGGAAUCGUAUAUGCCAUCUAUACAAUCGGCAACAUUGUCGGUUCAUUCUUCGCCGGUCCUGCCACUGAUUUUAGAGGCCGUAGAGUUGGCAUGGCGAUCGGUGCAACCAUCAUCGUCAUUGGAACGUGUAUACAAGCUACUGCACGCAACCUUGCCCAAUUCAUGGGCGGUCGUUUCCUGCUCGGAUUUGGCGUUGCAAUCAGUGCCUCUGCCGGCCCGGCUUAUGCUUCCGAAAUCGCUCAUCCCUCCUACCGUGGGGUCAUGACCGGUAUCUACAACUGCUUGUGGUUCAUGGGCGGUAUCCCUGGAACCUUUGUCCCUUAUGGAACCCAUAAAAUCACCGGAUCCAACAGCUGGCGCAUUCCGAUCUGGCUCCAGAUGGUUUUCUCAGGCCUCGUGCUUUGCUUUGUGUGGUUCAUUCCAGAGACCCCCAGGUGGUUGAUUGCCAAUGAUCGUCACGAGGAGGCGUUGGCUGUCAUGGCCAAAUACCACGGUGAGGGAGACCCCAAUUCUCCCAUCGUCCAGCUCGAGUAUAGGGAGAUGCUCGAAGACAUCUCAAAGACCGGUUCAGAUAAGCGCUGGUGGGACUAUCGCGAACUGUUCAAUACUCGCGAAACUCGCUAUCGGUCUAUGCUGGUUAUUCUUAUGGCAUUCUUCGGCCAAUGGAGUGGAAACGGCCCCGUUUCCUACUACUAUCCUACGAUGCUGAAAGGCGCGGGCGUGACCAGUAAGGAGACCCAGUUGCUUUACAACGGGAUGCAGAACUUGGUCUCUUUUGGCGGCUCGGUAUUCGGGGCUAUCUUUACUGACAAAUGGGGCCGUCGACCGCAGCUGAUGGUCUCUACGGGGAUUGCGGCCUGCAUCUUCGUCAUCAUCCUCUCCCUCAAUGCGACCAACCUUUAUGAGAACAGUGCUGGCGAGUUAGUUGCGAAACGAUCCUCGCAGUCUAAUGCGGUCAUCGCCUUUAUCUUUAUCUUCGGCUUCGUCAUUUCGGCAGGGUACACGCCACUGCAGGCCCUGUACCCCGUCGAGUGCCUGCGGUACGAAUCGCGAGCCAAGGGUAUGGGCAUGUACAACUUCUUCGUCAACAUUGCGCUCUUCUACAAUACAUUUGUGACGGAAAUUGCAUUCACGGGGGCGGGCUGGAAGUACUACUUCCUGUUCAUCUUCUGGGACACCUUUGAGGUCAUAGUCAUUUAUUUCCUAUUCGUGGAGACCAAGAACCGCACCCUGGAGGAGUUGUCGGAGAUCUUCCAGAGCAAAACGCCGGUCAAGACUAGCAUCAGCAAGGUGCAAGUCAUCAUGCAUGGCGAUGAGGGCGUCACGGAGGUUUUGAACAAAGAAAAUGUUGCGUGAGAUGGCUCUGGAUUUGAAGGAAUUUGAUGGAUUCUGUUUAAUUGCACGUUGACGAAGCUGUUGAGAGAUAUUUCCCACACAUUCAUUGUUUGAAUAUAACAAGUAUAUCUAGGUAGUC